UGCCGACCUUCGACCGGCGGCAAGAUUAUAUGUCAACUAACGUUUCCGGGCGCUCGAAACCAGUAAUCUGGUACCAAAGAAGUCGAUAAAUCGCGAUCGUCCACCCCCUCAAAUAUCAGAGCUACCCACAGGCCCCCGUUCUCCUCCGCCAGUGGUCAGCGUUCCAGACAGCGCCCUGCGCGCUAAUCGCAUAACUUCGCAACGGACCGAAGGGCACAAAACACACCAUUCUAAGACAGACGACCAAUUCCUCGAGCACCCCGUGUACGAGCCAUGUCCCCGCUUCGACUGGCCGACCAUCUCCUGCUUCCGCAUCGAUGAAUCCCGUACUAAAGACGAAGAGCUCAUCCGCUAUUCCGACCCCAGGCCUGUGGAUAUCGUAUUCGCGCUACGCGGCUCCACGGAUGCGCAAGCCAUGCCCUCAAGACUGCCAAACUUGCUCGAAGUACACAUACCCGUAAUCAUGGCAAAGAGCACCACUGGCUCUAGGAUACGGGGACUCUUCACCAUUCCCGGCACCCCAGCAGCACCCAUACUGCCGACAGUUGAAGGACUCGGGCGCGGUGCGCGGUGGAUAUACAGCGUGAAGCUUGUGAUGGGGAAGCUCUACGAAAUAGACUCUCAGCAGGCGGGCCUAGGACAGAAAGUCCCUACGUCAGGAUCACCAAUGCCGCUUCUCGUUAUCAGAUUGACGUCGCGUCUAAGCGAGGCGAAACUGAGCGAGGUGGGACGUGAAUUAGACGCCUCAUUUUUGCUAAAGGGAUGUUGCCUUUGCCCGGCUGGCUUGACGCCAGGUUUGAGAACGUAUCAAGUCUAUAAUUUAUGGUGGUCGUUGCCAAGUAUGACGGGGUACGUGAGCACACUCGUCUAGUCUAGAUAUCAGCUUUAAUAAUUGUGGGCAAAGAAGUGUCAUAUUGCAAGAAUAAUGAUAGAAUGUCUGGAACUCGCUACACCACUUAAGAGCACGCUCCAAGUUGGUACAUUAGGCAUACUUGCAACACCAAAGUACCUCGAUUGUAUACAGACAAUACACCAUUUUAGAGAAAAUCCCGCUGAGAGUCCUGCUAAGCUUUUUUGGGCGGUUCAGCCCGGAGGAGAACGAUAAUCAUCGCGGUGUAAUUUACAUACAGUGGCUGUAAGGCCUAUAGCCGGGCUCCUGCAGGCGCUUAGAAAGUAUAAAAUCCAACAAUGGGCUACAUGCCAUAUAACUAGAAAAUU